AUGGCCUGGCUGGCUUUGCUCGUGUUGCUCGUCGAGCUCGUCAACGCCCAGAACCCCUCUUGUGUAAAUGGAGGGGUGCAAAAUGGGUCUAGCUGCUCGUGUCCCACGGGUUUUGGCGGUCCAACUUGCGCGAUGCCAGCUUGCGGUGGAAAUAUAUUCCAAGGCUCGACUCGUGCCCUAGGAACGACCCCCUCUGGAGCUUCUUUUGCCAACAUAUCGAGUUGUGCAUGCGAGUCAGGGUGGGGAGGUGAGGGCUGCAAUGUCUGUUCAGCUCCCGCGGCUUGUCAAAGCGCAUUUACUGCCUCCGGUCGAGCACCGACGACCAACCAAACCGUCGCCAACAGCGUUUCUGGCCAGAAUGAAACUCUCACUUGCAACUCGAAGCCGCGAGUCUACGCCUCCAGUCAAAUGAGCUGCCGAGUUGAGAACCCAACUCUGCAAGGCAUCUUCCCCCUCAAAUCCUAUCUCAAUAUAAUGCGUACAUUGCACCCUGAAUUAUCGCCUAUUCCGGGUUCGACUUCAUUUGGCGCGAAUGGCACGGUUUACGCCCAGCUUUUCUACGAAAACGUAGAGCAGUUCUAUUGCAGCGCAGAUUCUUGUGUGCAAACGCUCAACGGCGACGCAUCCAACUGGAUCUGCCAGAACCUCGCUUGCUCUUGCUUCAAAGGUUCGACGUUUUGUGGCUCAGGACCCACCGACAUCAGCUUCGCUAUUAAUGGCCUGAAAGGACAACUUUCCAUCGAGUGCUCCAACGCGACUACCUGCGCGUUCAAGCAACAAGACUUGAACAAUGUUUUCGGCUCUGGUGGUCUCGGCAUGAAUGGUUGUAGCUUUGGGGAGUGUGUUGCUCAGCGUGUCAUCGACACGACGUCUGACGGCAAUUCGACUGACACCACGAAUGGGAGCCACAAAGAGCUAAGUGGUGGCGUUAUUGGUGGUCUUGCCGCAGUUGGUGCCUUAGUUCUUAUCGCCCUCCUCGCUCUCUGCUUCGGAUUUGUCAAGCAACGUUCAGCACGCAAAGCCAAAAUUGAGGUUGCGGAAGGCAACCGCAUUACGGUCGAGUGGUCUGAUGUCUCCUACUCCGUCUUGGGCACCAACGGAGGGUCCCUUUUUCGACGUGCGACCAACGACAAGGUCGUUCUCGACUCUGUCAGUGGUGCUGUCUUACCUGGACAAAUGAUGGCCGUCCUCGGGCCGAGUGGUGCCGGCAAAACUACGCUCGUGGAACUACUUGCCGGCAAAGCCAAGUCUGGGACAACAUCAGGUCGUGUUUCAUUCCCUUCAGGGAGCAACUCAACCGCCAUUCCGCGCAUCGGAUUCGUCCCUCAACAAGAUGUUUUGCCGCCUAUGCUCACUGUCUACGAAGCUCUCCUCUUCGCUGCUCGCCUGCGACUACCAGAGAACGUUUCCGAUGUAGACAAGCGGACGCGAGUUGAAGGCAUAAUGGAGACACUUGGUAUCGCUGCCCUGCGUGAUGUAAGGAUUGGUUGGGGAGGCGAUGUUGGUGGUGGAAAGGCUAGGGGAAUCAGUGGAGGCGAAAUGCGCAGGGUUAGUAUCGGCCUUGAGCUUAUCGCCAGCCCCGAUGUGCUUAUUUUGGAUGAGCCAACUUCGGGACUGGACUCCGUUUCUGCCUCUCGGGUGGCCAGCGUCCUGCACAGUAUCGCUCAUGAUCCCGAAAAUCCCAUUCCAGUCAUUGCUUCAAUACAUCAACCCUCAUCGCAACUAUAUCAACAGUUCGACUCCAUCUUGUUGAUGUCUCACGGUCGUGCUUUGUACUGCGGUCCCGGUGGUUUUGCGCCCUCCGAAUACUUUGCGCGCGAGGCUUCUGGCAUUGCGCCUGCCUAUCAGCAAGGUUACAAUGUUGCCGACUAUCUUUUGGAAGUCGCUAGUGACCCACCUGUCGCGCUCUUUAAGAUUCCUACGGCCAACUCGUCUUCGGAUACUGGCAAUGAUUUCAAGAAGGGAUCUGCACCAACAGCCAGCGACGAUGCUACGCUCAACGAAAAGGGCGGCAAACCAGCCGCUCGUGGUCAGACUUCUGCGAGACCCGCCAGUUACGCGACGACCUUCUUGACGCAAAUUCAGUACCUUUCUGGUCGCGAAUGGAAAAUCCUGCGCAGAGACAAGUCUCUGUUCAUCACCCAUUUUGCUGUUGCUGCUGUUCUGGGAGUAUUCUGUGGUGGACUAUAUUUCCAAACUGGGGUUUCUAUUGCUGGCUUCCAGUCUCGUGUUGGCUGUCUCUUCUUCUUGGGUGCCUUGAUUGCAUUCUCGUCUCUCAGCGCUCUAUAUAACAUUGUCCUAAAUCGACCACUGUUCUUGCGCGAGAGAUCGGGAGCGUAUUAUAGCCCGACAGCCUGGCUACUCUCUCGAGUUAUCUUCGAUGUUAUACCUUUGCGGAUUGUCCCGACAAUUGUUGUUGCAACGAUCACCUAUUGGAUGGCGGGUCUGGCUCACGACGCCGCCCAUUACUUCAAGUUCCUGUUCAUCCUUGUACUCUUCACACUUGCGAUGACUCUUUACAAUUUCCUGCUCGGAACGUUCUUCCACAACGGUGGCAUCGCUAUCCUCCUCUCCGCGCUUUCAGCGCUCUACCAGAUGACAUUUGCCGGCUUUUUCGUGCAUCUCGAGUCGAUACCUCCUGUCUUAAGAUGGCUGCAGUGGCUCUGCCCACUGAAGUUCACUUUAGAAGCCCUGGCCGUGAAUGAAGUUGGCUCAGGACUGAUGAUAGAAGAUACGCUCUCGGGAGUACCAGUGAACGUCAGUGCCUCACUGAUCAUGAAUCUGCUCUUCGGCUUUGGCUCCAACAACUACUACCGAGAUGUGUUGGUGUUGUUUGCGUUCAUCGCCGGGUUCGCAGUCGCAGUCAUCGGGACUGUAUGGUGGAAAGUGCGGGAGAGGCGGUGA